AUGAAUUUAGAAGGUAUUCCAGGCCAGAAAUAUGAGUACACGAAAAUUGAUGAGGUAAUGAAGUUGUGCCCGAGAAGGAAGCCUAGAGUUAGUGCUAAUGAUAAGACUAACAUAUACCCGAAUCCAUUUUCUUAUGACAUGAGCUUCGACAUGUCAGCCAAAAAUUCUAGAGGAGUAGUUUCUUGGGGCAGUUCUGUCCCUUUCUCUGCUGGCAGUCGGUUUUUUAACCAGCAUUGGCAUUCGAUGAAAGAUGCCUAUUCAGUUGCAAGUACUGAAGCUCCUGUCAGUGCACCUGUGAGCUACAGCUACAACAUUAGCUACAAAAUAAGCAUCAAAGUGCUAUCUAAUGCAAAAAGGAAGCCUGUGCAUGAUAGGCUGCAGAAAUCUGGGCUCAAAGAGUCUACAAGCACCAACCAACGGAUUCUGUUGAUUUUCCCUCCAGCAAAUUCUUCUGGUUUUAUCAAGGGAGGAAUUGAAAGCAAGCGAAAAAAGUCUGAUCCUCUUUAUUUUGAACAUCUGGAUCUCUCUUCAGCUGCUGGUUAUGCGGAUGAAGCAGAACAAUCCAUUUCGAGGAUGGAUGUAGAGAUCACCUUGGCUCUUGUAUCCACCACACUUGCAUGUAUUUUUGUUGCAUUACAACUCUUCCAUGUGAAAAAUCAUCCUGAUGUGCUUCCCUCCAUUUCCAUUUUCAUGAAAGCAUUCCUUGGAGUUGGAAGUAGUGGAUGGCUUGAAGUUAAUGAGGUGAUUGUAAGGGCAUUAACAAUGGUAGGUUUCUUGUUGAAACUCCGUCUUCUGAGCCUAACAUGGUCAGCAAGAUCCGUGGACAACGGAACCCAAAACGAGCUCUGGGUCAUGGAGAAGAAGGCUUUCAUUGUGGCUUUACCUGUAUAUGUUGCAGGGACUUUAGCUGUUUUGUUUCUGAUGGAUUGGAGGAAGAUUGGCACUGACAAUGAUGUGGUGCUUUCAGAUUAUCAUGAGCAUCCGAUUUUGGGUGCCUUGAAAUCUUAUGCUGGUUUGGUCUUGGAUAGUUUCUUGUUGCCUCAAAUUCUACUCAACAUGUUCUGCAAAUCAAAGGAGAAGUCUCUGUCUGUUUUGUUCUACAUGGGAACGACUUUUGUUCGAGUGCUGCCGCAUGCAUAUGAUCUUUACAGGUCUUACAGCUCUGCUCAUCACCAAUUGAAUGAGGCAUACAUUUAUGCAAGUCCUGUGGCAGAUUUUUACUCCACUGCUUGGGAUGUCAUCAUUCCUUUUGUAGGUCUACUGUUUGUGGGGAUAAUUUACUUGCAGCAGAAGUUUGGCGGUCUUUGCAUUGUUCCUCAAAAGUUGAGAGAGUUGAGAAGGUCCCAACUGUUACUGAAGGCAAAUUGCCAAAGUGAUGUGGGUGUAACUCUCUCAGGAAGGGAUUUAAACUUGUAA